CUUUCUAUUAAAGCCAUCAAUGCUUCAACCUCUAGUCAGUGUAGUGCCCCAUAAAUUAUCAAUAUAGUCUAGAAGCAUCAUGGAGGUUAGUCCAGCUAUUAGUAGGUCCUCAAGCCCCACAUCCAUUAGCGUGUGUGCUAUGAGCAUAACUUCUACUGAAACGCUGACCUCGGAGAGACAAUCGAAACCACAAACCGGAAGUACCAAGUCUGACAAGAAAAUCUCUUCAGACGAAAAUAUCAAAAAGAUUAGGGACAAGAAGUGCGACGAGGAGACCCUUUGGAAGCAGCAGCAGGCCGAGCUCCGGUGGAAGUCGUUCACGGACGAGGAAUACGCUGAUUGGAAAACCUUCAAGGACUGUGACUACAAGGUGCCGGUACGUUCUGUGUUCUCCUACGUAAAGGUCGAGCCCUACAAAAUAGACCUUAACGAUGAGCCUCCGAAGAAACCGGUGAUGAAAGUGUUGACCGAAAUGGUGAAGAACAACCUGGGCGCAUAUGCUCGUAUUCAGAUCGGAGAGCAUACGUUCCAGUGCAUUCCCAGACUGCUCAAAUGCUAUUCGGUGUGGUUCGCCAACCGUGACUGGCGUUUAAACUCCUUCAAGUUCGACGAGAAGGAUGUGCCUGCCCGCGGAUUCGCGGCGGUCUACGAAUGGAUGCGCACGCAGAAGUUGCCGGAUUUUGGCUUAACGGUGACCACACUUCAGGCCGCGCGCUACCUUAAGGUUGACCUGUUGGAAAACGAGUGCUGGACGCUGCUCUCCAGCGAUGCAAUAUACGAGAAGAGGUCAUUUUUGAUAUACCUAGAAGCGAAGCGUUCUCCAAAACUUAAAGAAGUAAGCGAGGCGAUGCUCGGCCGAUUGCGUAACUACUUUCUGGCGCUGGUUGGCAGCCCCGAGUUCUUGUGUCUCAAGGUUGAUACCGUGGAUGUAAUACUGCGUCAGGACUCCAUAGGCGUCAAUUCCGAGAUGGAGGUGUUUUUCGCUGUGCUACGAUGGCUGGGGCAUGGCGACAUGACAAAGCGUCUGCUGCAUAUGCGCCGUCUGAUGAAAUGCGUCCGCUUUCAGCUCCUACCUAUGACUUUUCUGUUUAGCCUGCGUGAGUCUCUUAAUCGGAAGGACAAGGAGGUACUCUUCCGGACUGAACCUGCUUUGCUAGCUUUCAAUUCGGAUCCAGAGACAAUGAUCGUGCUUGAGCGGGCCAUAUCCUUUAUCGGCGUGCGUUGCCAGCAUCCCGAGGACUUUCUCACCGUUGCUGGGGAUCAUGGCAUCGAAAUAGUCUUCCCACGACACUGGGUCUACCACGCCAAGUGCCCGUACCAUUUACGUGAACUGGAUUUCCCAUAUCAGCACCGCUUUACCGCCUCGGACUUCGGUGACUAUAUAGCCAGUAUCCAGAAAGACUGGGUCGGCGAUGGGCCGCCGAAUCACGGAAGGAACCUUAUCUUCGAUGUAGAUUCGGAUCAGCUGAUUCGCAAGGGUUUCAAGAAGGCGACUAAGUGAUCCAAUUUAUAUAUUUCAUAGAGUACGUUGUAUGUUUGCAUUUACAUAUAGUUGCAAUACUUACUUCUUACUAAAACUAAGUACAUAUAUACAAAAACAUAUAAAUAAAUAUAUUUAUCUGGAGGCCAAGA